AUGACCGCUCGUCAAAAUUCAAGUACGUCAAUAAAGCAUGGCGAAAUAGCCACAAUCAAUGGUGAUGCUUGUGUCCAUGUCGGUGGUGAUGGCCACUUGGAGAAUGUGAAUCAGCUGCUAUGGCUCCUUCAAUCAAGUGGCGGUCAUGAUGCGAAUCGUGGUGUUUUGAACGGUCGUCAUUCCGGUGGUGGUAAGCGUGCUUUGUAUGGCGUCCAGAGUGAUGGCCAUGCCCACUAUGGUGACUAUUGUGAUGAUGGCCAGUGUUAUGAUGAGCACCGUGGCUCCUAG